AUAAAAAAUCAAGACUUUUGCGAAAUUUCCAUUUUACUCUGGAAUCUUGAGAGGGUCGAAGACAGAGUUAACUAGUGAGAUUCAACAUUGUUGGUGGUGGUACCAUGGGUGGGGUUAUGCAGAAGUUCCUAGUUGCAUCAAUGUUCAUGUGGAUUCUUCCUGUUGCCAUAUUAUACGGAUUCAACAAUGAUUUGCUUCCUGGUUUUGAAAUUGAGUUUAACCCAGAGAACCACUAUAUGAAGAAAUUAAGAAGGAUGUUUAAGUUGUUUCUUUUAGGGAGAACAUAUGCAAGGUUCAACGACAUUGUCUCCACAUUCUCUAACACUACUGAGUGGAUUUCUUGCUGUGGUAUCAGUCAAUGUAGUGAUUGUCUUCUACAUCUGCCUGGCCCUGAAAGAACCUACAGAUAAACACAAGCCAGACGCAUCGUUUGUCGCAGAUGCCAAAGAUAGUGUGAAGAAAUUGACAUCAGGAGUCCCAAGUACUGACCCGGCACUCAAGAAACAAGAGUAAGAGCUAAGCAAAUCCCAUUUUCUUGAAGACAAGGAACAGUGCCAAGAUUGCAGCAAAUGGAGCAGAGCUCAGGUUCUUGCAAUGUAUUGUUGGGACAUUUGAGGGGUUUGGUGCUGUUUGAGCAACGGAAAGAACAAUGUUCAUGUUGAACAGAGACAAGAGCUAAUGUUUUAAGGAUAAAACUCACAAAACCAAAUGUCGGUUUGGUGCUGCUCCUUCAUUUCAACUUUUCAAGGACACUUAAGUGAAUUAUAUAGUGAAAUUUGUUUACUUGUCUGAGUUUUAAGUUACUUCAACUGGACAAUUAGUGAUUGAGAUAGAACAACUUUAUUCUUGUUCCA